AUGCUCCUGCGGAAGUAUCUACUCGUUACGAAACCUCAGGUGUCAAAGUGUGGAUUUCAUAUAGUCAAAAAGAAAGGGGAGGUGCUAUAUCCGAAACGUACGAAAUAUAGUAAAUAUCACAAAGGCAGAUGUAGUAGGGGUUGCAAACCGGAUGGUACACGACUUGGUUUUCGAAGAUAUGGCACUAAAAGUUUGAGAGUUGGUCGUCUUUCAUAUCGAGCCAUUGAAGCAGCACAUCGAGUUAUAAUUGGGCAAUUCCAGCGUACUAUGAGCGGACAAUUCCGAAGAAAUGGUAAGAUAUGGGUAAGAGUUCUCGUAGAUCUCCCUAUUACCGGGGAACCUACAAAAGUCAGAAUGGGAAGAUGA